GCAGAAAACCACAUUACCCAAAAUGCAUCAAAACGGAUGACUGCAGCACGGAAGCUCAGAUAGUUUUCAGAGCUGUGACAAACAAGCUCAUUGAAUGCACAUCCCGCAAUGACAGAAGCGUCUGUGUAUCCUCCAUUUAGACUGGGCGAGUCUCGGUUUGAUCAGGGUUCGUUUUAUGGCAGAUUAAGACAUUUUUUGGAUGUUAUUGACCCUCGCACACUCUUUGUAUCGGAGAGACGUUUAUGUGAAUGUAUAAAACUUUUGGAUCAGUUCAAAAAUGGAUCUUUGCCUCCGGGUGUUACUAAUGCCCAGCUUUGGGAUGCUCAAAAGGUUAAACAGGCCAUCAUCCAUCCAGACACAGGAGAGAAGAUCCCCAUGCCCUUUCGCAUGUCAGGUUUUGUGCCUUUUGGUACACCAGUGGUAGUGGGCCUCCUUUUGCCCAAUCAGACUUUGGCUUCCACCAUCUUCUGGCAGGGGCUGAACCAGAGUCACAACGCCUGUGUCAAUUAUUGCAACCGCAAUGCCUCUAAGCCCACACCAAUGUCAACGUUUUUUCAAGGAUACCUCGGUGCCGUCAGCAGUGCAGUUACUAUUGCAGUGGGGCUAAAUAUUCUUAUUAAGAGAGCUGAGCAUUUCAGUCCAACGACAAAACUUCUGGUCCAGAGGUUCAUCCCCUUCCCUGCUGUCGCAAGUGCCAAUGUAUGUAAUGUUGUGCUGAUGCGCCACACUGAGCUGUCAGAGGGCAUCAGUGUCCUGGAUGACAAAGGCAAUGUCGUGGGCACCUCGAAACUUGCUGCAAGGCAUGCUUUGAUGGAGACGGCCCUGACACGUGUUGUACUUCCCAUGCCUAUUCUCCUAUUGCCACCUUUAAUAAUGGCAAUGCUGGAAAGGAUUGUCUGUGUGUUAACUGCAGUACAGGGUGAGUUGUCUUCUGCUAUGCUGCCUGUCAGCUCACCCUCACUGGCUUUCAAUGGAGCAAGAAGAGAGGUGCAGGCUCCCCCUGCUGCAGAAGCAUCCCCGUCUCGUGCUGCCCGUUCACAGCAUGGUGUGUCUGUCCGCCUUCGGUGCGGCUCUGCCCGUCGCCAUAAGUUUAUUCCCUCAAAACACUCAGAUCCACGUGUCAGAACUAGAGCCAGAAAUCUCUGCUGCAACAGACUGCAAGAUCCUCACCUACAACAAGGGUCUUUAACCCAUCAAAAUGCCUAACACCUGGUAACUAAUACCUUUACCCCUCAUGGUAAAACUCAAAUUUUAAAAGAAAAUAACAGUGCUAUUACAAUAUUUGAUGCACACCAAUACCAGGGGCUUAUAAAAGUAAUGGUUUGAUUAUAACGUCUCAUUGGAUUGUUCAUGCUGUGUGUGAAAUGUGAAUUCUCUCUCAGCCACAUACAGAGACAGACUCACACCGGUGCUAAUCAUUGCUUUCAUUCUCUUUGCCUGCACUUGAACAUGGAAGUGGUAAAAUACACUGUAGGAUUUUGGGAUAUUUAUAGCAAUGAACAAUGAAAUCUGAUUUUUUUUAUUUGACUGUGAUGUAUUUAAUACAUAACCUGCCAUGGGCCUGAAACAAACCAAAUAACCUUUCAAAUGAAACACUAUUUUGCAGUUUUUUACAUUUAAGUAUACAAAUGUACACCCAGUUAAAGAUGAUUUACUGUUUCUAUAUAAAAUCAUCUUACUUAAUGUAAAAAAAAGAUUUUGUGAAAAUAUAACCUUGAUAUACGGUUAUGUGAAAUAUUGAAAUCAAUAAGUGAAAUUAAACUUUGAUGCUGCUAAUCUCAUAAUUAGAUUGAGACUUUAGUCUUGAUUUCACAGGUUUUUCAAAUGGUCUCUUACGGUGUAAAAAAUCCUGUAAAAUAAAAUUAUAUUACUGUAUAAUAACAUGUAUUACUGGAAGCUGGUUGCCAGUAACUUACUGUAGAUUUUACAUUUAUGUUAUUUACUGCCAACUGUUUGUUCAAAGUUAAAUGAACAUGAAACAUUUUCAGUCUUUAUCUUCUACAGUAAGUUACUGCCAACCAGCUGCAUAAUUACAGCUUAUUUUUUUACAGUGAUACGUUUGAUAUUUAUUACCAAUUUAACAAGUAAAACAAAAAGUAAAAGUAUUAUCAAAAUUUUAAAUAAUUGGGAAUAAUUCUAUUAAAAAUAUACAUUUAAUUUCAAGUUGAAGAGUUCCAAAACGCAAUAAAUCCAUUUUGACUAAUUUGGGUAAAAACGUGUUUUCUAUACCAAGAACGUGACAAGAUGAAAACCACUAUUUUCUGUUACAAAGUUUCACAUAGCAUCUUUAGGUUAUAAAAACAUAAAAAUUUAAAUCCAUAACUUGAUUUUCAAAGAUUUAUUAUAAAAACUAAUUAUUUUUUCACAAAAUGCAAUAAAUCUAUGACAAGUUUUUUUCCCAAAUGCUAGAAAUCUAUCGAAUCAAUAGCCUAUAUAAAUGUGCAUUCAUCUGUUAUAUUCAUUUAGUUGAACAGUGAGCGGAUUUAAUGCAUUCUGCAGAAAAGGAGGAGUGGCGUUUAUUGCGUUUUGGGAAAAAAGGGAGAAAAGAAUAACAGAAUAACACAACAGAUAUUGUAUUUUGCAUAAAAUUAAGAAUUUACUUUUAAAUACUGACCUGAUAUAAUACUGAUUUUGGCAUUAACUCAUUUUUUUUAAAUGUCGUUUAUCACGUUUUGGAACCAAACUCUUCAUAAUAAGUCUAUAUUAGGUGUACACAAAACAAUUCUGGGUUAUUUUCAUCCCACAACUGGAUCAAAAAUAGACAAACCCAACCCACCGGGUUGUAAUUUAACCUAUGCUGGUUUGUUUGAGCACAAAAUGCUGGUAUGUUUUAACCCAUUGUUGGGUCAAAUAUGAAAAUUUUCUGGGUUAAUUUAACCCAACGGCUGGAUUUGUACCAUUUUGAUCUAAUGCCGAGUUAAGCGUUUUUAACAAAUUAUUAAAAUAUGUAAAGAUGGUUUCAGCAGUAUUGGCUUUCGUGGAAAAACAUUUUUCCUUGCAUACUAAUAAACAGAAAUAAAACACAUAAAAAAUAUGACAAAAUCAAGUGCUUUCAUCUUUUUUUUAGUUGAAGAACACACAAAUCCUUAAAUACAGUCAUGGUUAAUGAACAGAAACACUUUGUACAAAAGUCUACGAUUCUUGGUUUACUUUCUUCUUUUUCCAUCCAUUUGUUUGUUUACCAUUAAACGAUUCUAUCUCUGCUUA